UGUUCGGCGCGAUACCGGCGGUUCUCCUUCUGGUGGCAAACCUGAUCAUGUGCUACUCGGUAAAGGAAACUCUGAGGCAGAGGCAGUCGUUGCUACGCAGAAAUUUACGAGAAGGAAACCGCUUGACGGAUCAAGCACGAAUGACUGUCAUGCUGGUUGGCAUCGCGUUCGUGUUCAUUGUGGGCGAAGUGCCAACUCAUUUGGCGUCGCGACGAAGCGCCUUGACUCUUCUUCACGGGGGUGAUUUAACCAAAGUUCAGGAGUAUUACGUGGAAAGGUUUCGCAUGUAUGCGACGCUCCUCAAUGCAAUAUCGGGUCCGGCCAACUUCGUGCUAUACUGUCUGCUGAAUCGACAUUUUCUUUCUCAUCUGAAACGUCUUUUCAACGCCAAAACCUCACGGACGAGUGCUACUAACGUCAAAAUCGGUAUUCCUUACUCGAUUCGCCAAAUCGAGUCCUAGCAACGUCGCUGGAAAGGUUAAACGCACGACAAAU